AUGACAGACCAGAACCACGCCCUUGUGUUCGGCGCCGCAGGCCUGCUCGGCUGGGCAGCUGUCGACCAACUCCUGUCCGGCUACCCCGCGCCGCAGACCUUCUCCCAAGUCACGGCAGUCAUCAACAGACCAGUCGCCGAGGCUGCUUUGCACUGGCCAGCUGCAUCAUCCACACGUCCCAAGCUGCACAUCGCUUCAGGGAUCAACCUGCUGGACGGUGAUGCGGACGCUCUGGCUCGUCAACUUCGGGAGAAGGCACCUGGCAUCGAAAAAGUCACGCAUGCGUUCUAUUUUGUCUUCUCCCCGGUCAACGAUGACCACAGGGAAGAAUGCCGCGUGAACUGCGGGAUGAUGCAGCGUGUAACCGACGCCCUCAAUCUGCUGUGUCCCCAGCUCAAGUCAAUUGUCUACGCCGGCGGCACAAGGGGCUAUGGCAUCUACAACCCCGGCGGCACGUUCACGGCUCCCCUCGUCGAAUCCAUGGCCGGCACGCUGCCGGAGGACUAUGCCAAGACGGUCGCCUAUCCGUGGUUUCGGCAGAUUCUCACGAGAGCCAGCAGAGGCCGGUCGUGGACAUGGACCGAGGUCUGCCCCGACGCCGUCGUCGGCUUCUCACCAAAUGGCUCGGCCUUUUCGCUGGCGCUCCACUGGGCACAGUAUCUCUCCCUGUAUCGCCUCAAUAACGCAUCAUCUGGAGAAGUCGAGGUUCCGUUCCCCGGCAGCGAAGCAGGAUCCGACGCACUGUUCACGCCCGUGUCAAGUCGGACGCUCGGCAGGAUAUCCGUACACGCCGCGCUGCACCCGGCAGAGUGCGGUGGGAAGAUCGUGAAUAUGGCAGACCGAGCACGGCCAACAACCUUUCGCGAGCUCUGGCCCGGGAUCGCUGGCUGGUUUGGCUUGAUUGGCGUUGGGCCCGAGGCCGAUGCGGCGGCAUUGAAGCCAGGCGAGUACGUCGAGAAGCACAAGCGCCUUUUCGCGACGAGGGGCCUCGCAGACGCAGCCGAGAAGGGCGUGGGAGCUGGCAGCGUGCAGCUGGACAGCGUGGGCUGGUGGUUGACCUUUGACAGGCAGUUGAGUCUGGAAAGACUCAAAGCUACAGGCUUUGACGAAGAGAGGGACCCGUUGGAAGGUUGGCUCGAGGCGUUUGGCAAGUUCAGAGCGGCCGGGAUUAUUUAG